AUGAAGUUCGGCAAGAGCGUGUGCAUCAUCAACGUGGGCGGCGCACGGUACACGUUUCCUCAGGACGUGAUGAAGGACUUUCCGCUGCGGAGGCUCAGCCGCCUGCACAGCUGCGCGUCCGAGCGCGAGGUGCUGGAGGUGUGCGACGACUACGACCGCGAGCGCAACGAGUUCUUCUUCGACCGGCACGCGGAGGCGUUCGGCUUCCUCAUGCUGUACGCGCAGCACGGCACGCUGCGCUUCGCGCCGCACAUGUGCGAGCUGUCCUUCUACAACGAGAUGCUGUACUGGGGGCUGGAGAGCUCGCACCUGGAGUUCUGCUGCCAGCGGCGCCUGGACGAGCGCAUGUCCGACACGUACACGCGCUUCAGCGAGGAGGACCGGUGCGCCGAGCCCGAGCUGCCGCGCGCCCGCCGCGACUCCAAGUGGCUCGAGCGGAUGCGCCGCACCUUCGAGGAGCCCACGUCGUCCGUGGCCGCGCAGAUCCUGGCCUCCGUGUCCGUCAUCUUCGUCAUCGUGUCCAUGGUGAUGCUGUGCGCCAGCACGCUGCCCGACUGGAAGACGGCCGAGAGUAACGUGGUGGAGGAGCACAGGUACACGGACUGUUUAGAAAAGGCCGAGUACAGGAUCAUCGAGGCGGUGUGCAUCGGCUGGUUCACAGCAGAGUGCAUCGUGCGCUUCAUCGUGUCCCGCGACAAGUGCGAGUUUGUCCGGCGGCCUUUGAACAUCAUCGACCUGCUGGCCAUUACGCCAUACUACAUCUCUGUAACCAUGACGGUCCUGACCGGAGAGAACUCUCAGCUGCAGCGGGCUGGGGUGACCCUGCGCGUGCUGCGCAUGAUGCGCAUCUUCUGGGUCAUCAAGCUGGCGCGCCACUUCCUGGGCCUGCAGACGCUGGGCCUGACGCUGCGACGCUGCUACCGCGAGAUGGUCAUGCUGCUGGUCUUCAUCUGCGUGGCCAUGGCCAUCUUUGGCGCCCUGGCUCAGCUGCUGGAGCACGGGCUGGACCUCAAGUCCGGGAACGAGGAGUACGCCAGCAUCCCCGCCGCCUGCUGGUGGGUUAUUAUCUCCAUGACGACUGUCGGCUAUGGAGACAUGUACCCCAUCACCGUGCCGGGGCGCGUGCUGGGCGGCCUGUGCGUCGUGAGCGGCAUCGUGCUCCUGGCGCUGCCCAUUACCUUCAUCUACCACAGCUUCGUGCAGUGCUACCACGAACUCAAGUUCCGCUCUGCCCGCUGCACCAGGAGCCUCUCGGCCGAGUUCCUCAACUGACCAAAAUCUCUGCCUGAAACGGUCUGCACAGUCCUUUGCAGUGGACCUGCUUCUUUGUCACUGAUUCACUCAGAGAUUCAGUUGGUCUUCUUGGCCUAAUGACUGGACUGAUCUCUGGUCUCAGGUAGAGUUUAGGGGCUUGGUCUUAAAUGCAUGUAACUGUGUUUAUCCUUUGGGCCAUUCAGGCUCAGUCCAUCGAGGAGCCAAGUGUCUACAGGAAUUAGUUCCAGCUGUGCUCCACAUCAGCUGAUUUCACUAAGGUGCUCUCCAUGUAACCCCUUAAACUUUUGGCCUGUCAUUCAGAUAGUAGUCUUAUAAUAUAAGUCCAGGAAUUGUUAAUUAACUACAUCCUUAAAAAGGGGGUUCUUUGAGUGUUCUUUAUUAAAGGCAGUGGACAAUAUGGGGCCGGGGGUUUUCAAAGGUUCUUUUGAGUGAUGCCAUAGAUAAACCAUUUUAGUUCUCUAAAGAAUGAGAUGUGUGAGAAUUAGAAACUGUCACAUGUAUAAGAAUCUUUACCAAUUUAAAGGUUUCUUCCUAGAAUCUUUAUUUUACCUUUACAUUAUAUGGAGGUUCUUUGAACUUUAAAAAUGUUCUUCACACAUUUACAAAAA